AUGUCUUCUCUACCUCCACUUUCAUUAUCGAUAUUGGGUGUCGAACCUCUCGAUGAGUUCAUCAAAGAAAUUGCAGAUUUUAUCCAUCAUAUGAUAAUCUCCAGACCUGAUCUGCCGGGAAAUGUUGAAGUAGAAGCAAAAAUUGGUCUUUUACGCGAAAGAGGUGGAGGGAGGCUAUCGCUUCCUGUCCUCGUCGAAACGAUCCUUACACCUGAUUCGAUUGAUUGUCGAUUCGAAUCAAAUAUGACUGCUGUAUGUAUGGCCAUUGGCCUAUGUAAUUUUGUGCAAGACCUCCACAUCUCUGACCAUGGUCUUGAUUCGAAAAAGGCUCAACAUAAGCAUUUCAAUACGCUUCUAAACGAACUCAAAAUUUCCUCCUCGCAACCGGGAUAUGCGUCCAGCUCGCCUUUGGAUUACCAUCAUCUCCGUCUGGUGGAUUCUUUCUAUCCUUCUGAAACCAACGACCGAGAAAAGAUUCGCGUCACUCGGGAUGAGAAAUCGGGCGCUGUUAUUGAGUGCAUGAGGAAGAUACGGUUGGGUGAUUUGAAUAUAUACAGUCCCAAACGGUCGGCGGAUUGGAGAGUUUCUGUCAAUUUGGAAGUACCCUGCUCACAUCCUGUCGGAUCUUCGACACAUCAACGAAAAAAAGACCGAAUGAGCUACUCGCAUGAAGAGUUCAAUAUUGACCUGACUCAAGUUACUUCCACAAAUCAGAGCGGUACACCCGAGAUUCUACACGAGCUCGAACUAGAGAUCGCACGACCGGCUUUGCUGCUGUUAACUGCCUCAAAACGAGGAGAUAUGAACGCGCCUGAGAAUGAACGGAACGCAUUUGAUGAGCUUAUUCGGGCUUUUGUAAACAAUGCUCGUAUACUAGCGAGAAAUGCCAGUGAUAGUUGGCAUUGA